AUGAACAGCCACUCAGUAAGAAUUGUUAUUGUAGGGGCAGGCACUUUCGGCCUCUCUACAGCCUACCACCUUGGAAAGUCGGGAUACCAAAGAGUAGUAUGCCUCGACCGAUGGCCUUAUCCUUCCCCAUCUUCAGCUGGCUAUGAUCUGAAUAAGAUCAUGAGAACCGAGUAUCCAGAUGAUGUGUACACAAAGCUUUCUCAUGAAGCUUUGAACAUUUGGAGAAAACCAAUGUUCUCGGGUAUUUAUAAUGAGACUGGCUGGCUGUUCUGCACCGACGGCACCACUGAGCAGGGCCGAGUACAGGCUUUCGACCAGUCUGUUGAGAAUACGAAGCAGUCGGGAGACGCAUCUCAAAUGGUAGAGCUCACCAGCUGGGAAGAGACAGUUGCUAUGUUCCCCUUCCUUGGAAACGGGAAGGUUGGUGACAAUGACACGAGCAAGGAGUUGUUCAGGGCAAUUUUCAACAAGAACGCGGGGUGGAUCGAUUCAGUCAAGGCAAUGGAACUAAUCGGAAAGGAAUGUGAGGGAUUUGGUCAUGUUUUCCACUCUGGAGACCAAGGAACCGUCGUAAAAAUACUCCGAGAUGGCAGUACAGGCCAAGUUACGGGCGUCCAGGCAAGAGACGGUACUAUGUACGAAGCCGACAUAGUCAUCCUCGCCAUGGGAGCUUAUAGCGAUACCCUCCUAGACUAUGAACGUCAACUAGAGGCGACUGCUUAUGCUGUAACACAUAUCAAGCUGUCAGAGGAGCAGUACAAACGGUACAAAGAUAUGCCAAUCAUAAAUAUUACCGACACUUCCUAUCUGAAUUCGAGGGAUUCGCAAGCCCGUACAGAUGAUUGGGGCUCAAAAUCAUUCCCUCGCGAUUCUGCAUAUCACCCAACAGAUACACAGCCUUUAGAUGCACAGCGAAUCACACAGAGGUUCCUGAAGUGGAUGAUUCCUGAGCUUGCGGCGGAAAAGAUUCAUUCUUCACGGCUUUGCUGGGAUACUGAAUGCAAGUUCAACUUUUACCAUUUGUCACAAGGCCAAACACUAAACUUAUUCUUAGCGCACGAUUCAAACUGGAUCAUUGGCCCUCACCCCAGCAGCCCCAAGUCACUGUUUGUUGCUACAGGUGGCUCCGGGUACUCAUUCAAGAACUUUGUCAAUAUAGGUAGUUACAUCGUGGAGAUGCUGGAAGGGAAGCUGGACCCGGAGCUCCAAGAGCUCUGGAGAUGGCGGCCGGACAGGGUUGGCCAAGAUGCAGAGAUUGAAGCAAGAUCUAGGCGACCAAAGCUUGAGUUAUCGGAGGCUGAGGGUUGGAACCACGAUCACGAAGUGAAUGUUCAUCGAAUUUGGGGUCAGAGCAGAUAUUGA